GAGGGAGGGCUCAGUCUGCUGCCCGCUGUUCCUGCUGACGGUGCACUGCCCAGCUGUUAUAACUUGGAAGGUGGUGUUGCCUCCCAGCUUCACCUCUCACACAGCGGCGAUGAACUGGCUCCAGUUGGUGUUGGUGUGUGCCACCGUGGCCGCCUCCAGGGCUGAUGGGGGAUAUGGCCCCCCACCUGGCCCCGUCUAUGGCUCUCCCCCUAUCCAGUCUUAUGGCCAUCCGCUCCCCGCCCCGAGCUACCACGCCGCUCCACCUAUAGCAGUUGCCGCCAUUCCUGUUUACAACGACUACGAUUACAAUGACGACGGUGGUAAAGGGAAGGGCGGCGGCUUUGGAAACUUUGUGAAGGGUCUCCAGAAGGGUCUGUCGAUCUUCGGGGGUGGAGGUAAGGGAGGGGGUAAAGGAGGAGGUAAAGGAGGAGGCAGCAGCCGCCCCGUCAUCACCGUGCCCGUGCCAACUCCAGUACAUUACAGGGCACCACCACCCCCUAAACCCAUCCCCAUCAGAGUGAACGUGCCCAAGUGUGACCCUCUCACCCACUACGUCACCAACUUCAUCACGGAGGAAUACCCGGUACCAGUGCCUCACACAGAGUUCGUGGAGCAUGUGGUGCCGACGGUGGUGCUCCAAACCCAGUAUGAUCGUCAAGUGGUGACCUCUUACGUGACCAAUGUGGUGACUGACCUAAGAACUGUCACCUAUACCGAGUCCAUCGUUGUCCCCAAAGUCAGAUACGUUACUCAGACCACCACGUAUUUCGUCACCAACAACGUGUACCAGUCCACCACAGAAGUGAACUACACGCCCGUGCCGAGGACAGUGGUGUCCACCUACACAGUUACCGCCACCAGUGUGGCCACCGUUCCACAAAUCAGCGUCAAGACCGUCGACCACUCCAUUUACCUCACCCCUACAGAUUUCGUCACCGUCACUGAGCAUGAAGUGAUCCCUUCCCUGGUGUUCGAGACAACAGUCGACUACGUCACUGUAGUGGAAACAAAGCGCGUGCCUGAGUACAUCACGGAGUACGGCCCUCCCCAGAUCAUCACCACCACGGUGUUCAACUACGCCACCACGUCUGUGUACGCUGAGCCGCCUCCACCACAGGUUAAGUAUGAUCACGUCACCAUCACCCAGCAGGUCAAGGAACAUGUGCCAACAUUCAUCACACACACACAGUACGUCACCACGACAGUCGUCAACCAGAAUUACGUCACAGAAAAUCCCGUCACGAGUUAUAUUCCUGAUUUGCAUUACGUGACGGAGACAGUGAAGGAAUACGUGACGGUAACUCCAGUUUGUCCUGGAGGCUACGGCGCCAACAAACCCGCAGUAACCCUGGGCGCGGCGCUACGGCCAGAUGCAGGUGUUGCUCCGCCGGGCUAUCAGGCUCUCGUGUCUCCGGCACCACAGUUCUUCGACUCUCAGAACUAUGGCUGAGAGCAGCUGGGUGAACCUGACCCAACACAGGUCCCUCCACCGCUCUCACACACUGGGUAAGUUCCUCGGAGAAAAACAGAUACCGGUAAUUAAUGUGUUAACGACCUAACACUCACUCGGUCAUUGGUAAUAAACUUUCAAGCUGCAGUUUCACAUUAUGAAAAAAUUGCGAGAAAAGUGUUACAUUAACAUUUAGUUUAAUACCCAUGGCGAUAAAGGCAGAACUUUUUCUUUGCUAUAAUUUCUUCGUUUUGUUAUUGUUAUGCAUGUUAAAUUGUACCUUGGUCAAGCUGGCUACUUCCUGUUCACACCUGUACAUCAUCCCCUCGUCACACCGAGUGCUGCCUUACGUAUCUCAUCAUCACGGCAACAAUAUUUUCCUUUUUCACUUUAAACAAAAUCUGAUUCAUCCUUAAAAGCAUCGCUAAUUUUCCCGAAAUAAGUCAACCUCAUAUUUAUUUCCCCCAAUUCUUAUAAAUUCGCCAAAUUUCAAUGUAAAAUUUCCCCUAUUAUAUUAUGAGUGAACCAGACACAUGCAGUCGCUAUUGGUAAUGUCGAAACAAAAACCAAACACGGUGUAGCACUUCAGGAACAAAAGCUCAACCAUUGAAGAUAAUUAUGUGUUAGAAGACCAGGUAGACAGUGUACAUAUUAGUGUUAAGUUCGUGCUAUAAGAAUGACCUAUGUUGUUUUAUAUUUUCUCUGGAACAGCCCUCAUAUCUAGUCUAUUUUUUUUAGUUUUAUGACAAGUAGUUUUAUUUUUAACUCAUACACACAAAAAAAUAUUAUUCCAAAUUGUCAAAAUAUCUUACUGGUAUAUACUUGUGUUUAAGAGUAUUAGACCAAAAUAAUUUAAUAUAUCUUUUUGAGACUUUUUUUUUACAGGAUUAUGUGGUAAAAAAAACAUUGCUCAGUGAAUUUAAUGUCCAUUUAUCAGGUGCAUAAUAAUUAAAUAUAAAUGAAAA